AUGUUGCAGCAUUCGGGCAGUGAUUACUACGAGCUGUCGGCGGCCAGCAAACAAACGCCCCCUAAUUUUAGCCCACAGGGCGGCGGCAGUGCGGCGGUUCUGGCGACGAUGGCUGCUGGCGGGAACGGUGGAGUGGGAGGAUUGAGUAACAACAACAAUAAUAAUAAUAACAACAACAAUGAUAACGAUCUUGAUCUUCUGGGGCAAAAUGGAAAUGUAAAUAGUAACGAUCGAGAGUCGAUGCCUAGUUUUGGAUUUACCCAGGAACAGGUUGCGUGCGUGUGUGAGGUUUUGCAGCAGGCGGGAAACAUCGAACGGCUCGGGAGGUUCCUGUGGUCACUGCCUCAGUGCGACAAGCUGCAGCUGAACGAGUCCGUGCUCAAAGCCAAAGCCGUGGUGGCGUUCCACCGGGGGAACUUCAAAGAGCUGUACCGGUUACUCGAGCACCACCAGUAUGCACCGCACAACCAUUCCAAACUGCAGGCCCUGUGGCUUAAAGCGCACUACGUGGAGGCGGAAAAGCUACGCGGCCGGCCUUUGGGAGCCGUCGGCAAGUAUCGCGUCCGCCGCAAGUUUCCGCUACCUCGGACGAUAUGGGACGGCGAGGAAACCAGCUACUGUUUCAAGGAGAAAUCAAGAUCGGUCCUGCGAGAUUGGUACACACACAAUCCGUAUCCUUCGCCAAGGGAGAAACGGGAACUAGCCGAAGCUACCGGAUUAACAACCACGCAGGUUUCCAAUUGGUUCAAAAACCGACGGCAGCGGGACCGAGCGGCAGACCACAAUAAAGAGACCGGUGAGUCUGACAAACAGCACCUGGACUCUUCGAGCGAUUCGGACAUGGACGGACCCAGUCUGGGAAUGCCGGGACCAACGGGCGGAUCCCAGCACGGCAUGGGAGCUGCAACCGCUCAGGGAAUGCAUCUUGGUUCCGGACUGGGAAUGCCACUCGGUGGCAUGCCCGGCAGUGGAGGCCCCCUUUCCGGACCGCCGGGUUCGAUUCCAGGCGGCAGCAGUGGAGGCCUAGGUGGGCUCGGAGUAGCCGACCAUCAUCAACCGCAGCCCCUCUCGACGCGGAAUAGUAAUCUAAUGAACAUUUCGACUGGUGGUAGCAAAGCGGGACUCGGUCAACUGUCGUCCAGCUCGCUGACGGCGGCCUACUCGCACCUCUGGGAUCGAACCAACGUGAUGGGGUCGAUGCCGAUCUACGACAUCGGCGAGUAUCAGCAUUUAUGA